CGUGAGCAGUGAUUCCUUGUAGGAGGACGGUUCUGUUGUUUACUUCCUUUUUUCUCUUCAACAAUGUCUAAAGUUAAUCACCUGAGAGAGUUUAUCGGUCAGCGACUAACAGCAGCUGCUGUAGAAAUAUUCUCAGUGUUUGAAAAAACCAUCUUGGAGUAUGAAGAAGAGCUGGACCGUCAGCGCAGACUGUUGGACCUCGCCUGGAAACCUGAAAUAAGACUAAACAGAAUCGAAAAUCUUUGUAUGGUGGAGGAGGACGGUGUUUUCAGUGACCAGCACCUCGAAAACCUGGAGAGGAGCUGCAGCCCGGACCAGGAGGAACCAGGGAAUCCACAGACUACAGAACUGGAGGAAGACUCCAGCGGUCAGGAGAUGAAGCAGGAGGACGUAGAGGUGGAUGUCUCAUUGGUCAAUCUCGCUGAUGUGAAAGUUGAAAAUGGUGAAGCCGGACCAAACUGUGACCAGCUGCUGUUGCACACUUCUCCUGAAGCUCAAAACAAAGAUGAGGAAGGAACUGAAAGUUUACGCUCAGACUCCAGUAAAACUGCAAAUCUGGAGUCAAUGAGACGACACGGUGACCACGAAGACACUGCUGUCCCGUCAGACAGCAACUGUAAAUCAAAGCUAACUUGGACCCUCACGGGGAAGAAGGCAUUUUCUUGCAGCACUUGCAGGAAAGAGUUCAGUAAAAGUAGUAUUUUAGUGGAACACAUGAGGAUCCACACUGGCGAAAGGCCGUACCUGUGCAACACCUGCGGAAAAUGGUUUAGAAAAUCAUCAACGCUCAAGAAACAUAAAAUGAUCCACACGGGCGAAAGGCCACACCUGUGCAAAACCUGCGGCAAAACCUUUACUAAAUCAUCACAUCUUAAAAGCCACUUAACCACACACACGGGCGAGAAGUUCUACAUCUGCAAAACAUGUGGAAAAAGUUACACGCAACGUUGCAACCUGGUGAUUCACUCAAGGACCCACACCGGCGAAAGGCCGUACCUGUGCAACACCUGCAACAAAACCUUUACUGAUUCAUCAGCUCUUAAACAACACAUAGCCACACACACGGGCGAGAAGCCCUACGUCUGCAGCACAUGUGGAAAAAGUUACAGGCGACGUUCCUACCUGUUGGUUCACUCAAGGACCCAUACGGGCGAAAGGCCGUACCUGUGCAACACCUGCGGCAAAACCUUUACUGAAUUAUCGGCUCUUAAACGACACAUAACCACGCACACGGGCGAGAAGCCCUACGUCUGCAAAACAUGUGGAAAAUGUUUCGCAGAUCGUUCCAACCUGCUGGUUCACUCGAGGACCCAUACCGGCAAAAGGCCGUACCUGUGCAACACCUGCGGCAGAACCUUUACUUAUUUAUCAACUUUUAAACGCCACAUAACCAUGCACAUGGGCGAGAAGCCGUAUUUGUGCAAGACGUGAAACAAAGGCUUUACCCGCAGAAUUGAUUUGCUGAGUUACAUGAAAAAUCACCCACAGGAGAAGUCUGGUGAUUUGUGACAAAUAAAGCUCAUGUUGUCCUCCGGGGGCAGCUGUCCACUCCUGUCUGACCCACAGAAGAAGAGACGAAGAAGUCCAACCACCACCUGCUGUGGCUGAUGAUUCUAAUCCCCUCCCCACAAGGGUUGCAGGUUCAACCCAGAUUUAUGCUUCUCCAUUAACUUGACGCAGAGGGAACGAUGUGGUUGUGUACUUUUUUUAAAGUUCUGCAUUGAGGUUGUUUGAAUCCCGGCUCCUU